GUGAUGCCGAGCACGCAUCUUUCCAUGGCUUUUUGCGCCACUCGUAGCUUUUGUAUCGAUUGUGAGCUUCUGUGUUUCGCCGGCAUACGUCAGAAUAGGUUGCACCAACCUGUAAUCAGCAUCAACCGGGCUACAAAAUAUUUACUGCAGGUUGGCUUCCCGAAGCCCCCUCCAUAAAGAGCUUGUGUUUGCGGUCGGGAGAUAAGGAGUGCCACAGGCGUGCCAGGCGAGGACAGGAGGCUCCCUUGCCCUGCCCACCCGACAGGAAGGCUGUCCUUGGUCUUCAAGCUGGGUGUGGCGUGCAAGUCCCAGACUCAGAUCGACCGCCUAUUUCUCUUUUCCCAGCCAGUCGUCAGCUUCGGCUCCAGCGACGAUUUGGAUACUGAAAAGAAAGCUAAAAACUGGAGCUCCCUGUGGUUUUUUUUUUUUUAAUCAAAAGGGUGAAAGAAAGAGAAGGCUGGAGGCCCAGAAGCAACAUCCUUGUGCCCACGCCUCUGAUUUCCUUGCAAGCGAGGCGGGCGAGCAGCUCUGGGGAGGUCCUUCUUCUGGAAGAUCUGGACAGAUAUUUUCUUGGGAAAAAUAUUGCCGCUUCAUCCCAGCCUCCACUGUGCAAUGGUCAGAGGGGCUGUGGAAAAGAACCUUUCUGGGAAUCCGUUUCUGCUACAAGAUGGAUGAGAAGGAGCUUUGGGGUCCCGGCUGGAACGUCAGCAUCACAAACGGGACCUCGACGGGGAUAUUUGACUUGUUCAGCGAUGACAUUGCCUUGGUCUCAUCGGAUGUUUCGUUCGGCAUAAGAAUAUUCAUUGCAACGGUCUACCUGUUGGUGUGCGCGGCGGGCCUCUUGGGAAACAGCCUGGUGAUGUACCUCAUUUGGAUCCAGAAGGACAGGUCCAGACCCGCCAUUAACAUCAUGGUCUUUGGCCUCGCGGCCGCCGACUUCCAAUUCUCCCUGAUGCUGCCUUUCUGGGCCACGGAGGUGGUGCGGGAUUUCCAGUGGCCCUUCGGCCAAGCCAUGUGCAAAGCCGUCCCUUCCCUGACUCUUCUCAGCAUCUACGCCAAUGUCUUCUUGCUCACGGCCAUGGGGGUCACCCGCUACUGGUCGGUAGUCUCCGCUGUGAAGGAUGGGUUAAGGAUGACACCCCGGGCGGCCAAGUGCAUCACUGCCAUCCUUUGGGCCCUGGCGGUGGGAGCCACCGUCCCGACAACCGUCUAUGCCGGAGUGGUAAGUGUCGCCAGGGUGGAACUCUGCCUCUUCCAAUUCCCCAGCCCGUAUCACUUGGGGAUCUACCAACUCCAGAGAGUGGUGUUCACCUUCGCAAUCCCCUUGGUGGUCAUCUUGACUUCCUACCUCCACCUCCUCCGGUUUCUCAAACUUCACCACAUUCCCAGCCGCAGCCUGACGCGGCACAACCAGGUCGCCGCCACCGUCCGCCUGGUGGUCGGUUGCUUCUUCGUCUGCUGGUUCCCUAAUCACGUGGUCACUGUCUGGGGCAUUCUGGCGAAAUUCGGGGCUCUGCCCAUGGACGACACCUUCCACUAUCUCCACACUUACGUCUUCCCCCUGACCACUUGCUUGGCUCAUGCCAACAGCUGCCUCAACCCCGUCCUCUACUGCCUGAUCCGCCGCGAGUUCCAAGAAGCGAUGAAGGAUACCUUCCGCAGGUUGUCCUCCAUCGCCUCCUACCAGCUGUUCUCCUCCCACAAGGCCUGGGAGGAGGGGGCGCUGGAGGCCCUGCCUCUCGGCCCCUCCGAUCUCCCCCACAAUCCUCAAAGCCGAGCAAAGGAGGAUAAUGCCUCCUCUACCGUCUUGGAGGCAGAGAAAACGGACCUCACUCUCGGAGUAGCAUCUUCUGGGCCGUGAGGAAGGGCGCUUCAGACCCAAGGAAAUCCCAUGAUCAGAAUUCCGAUUUGGGGCUUUUAUCGAAUCAAAGACCUGCGCAACUGGGGACCGGCCUUUGGAAUUGGAACUCGGCUCCAAGCUUCUUCAUGAUUCAAGAAUGUCCCUUGGACGAUUGUUUUCUCCUCCAGUGAGUUAUGGCCUCCUCUUCUUCUCCCAGACAUCUAGAAUGAAGAGGUGUUGAACAGGGUUUUGAGAGAGUUCUGUGGCCCUGCCCUUGUUAGUUCCGCAUGAAGCCACAGAAGUGGAGGUCUGGAUCAUGCUCGCGGCUUGCUUUGGUCUUCUGCACUGCUCUGAGUUGCACAAAUAGCCCCCCGGCUUACAAUGAUCGUUAGGACCGCAAUUUUCACUGUCGGUCAGUAUGGUCAUAAAGAGAGACAUCGCAUGACUCCACUGACUUACAAUGGCAAUUCUGGCACUAUCUGCUAUGGUCGUUAACUGAGAACUACAGGUUGUUAAGUAAUUACCUACCACAAUCCAAGCCGUUCCAGGCUUGGUCGAUCUCAGCCCUGAGCCUCAGUAAAGUAAGGGAUUACCUCCCAUUGCCCCCAGCUGCCUAUUUCCCCUCCCAUCGCUGCCCUUUUGCAAUAGGAUAGGAGGGGAGCUGAGCGGAGCGGAGCAGAGCAGAGA